AUGGCGCGUGGAAAGAUUCAGAUGAGGAGGAUAGAGAAUCCGGUGCACAGGCAGGUGACGUUCUGCAAGAGGCGCGCAGGUCUUCUAAAGAAGGCUAAGGAGCUCUCUGUGCUUUGCGAUGCUGAAAUCGGUCUUUUCAUUUUCUCCGCCCACGGCAAGCUCUAUGAACUCGCCACCAAAGGGUACGUACGUACAGCUCAACACCCCAAAGGCAAGCAAAUUAACACGGAAGCAAAAGAAGAGAUUAGCAUGCUUAAGCAUGAGAUUGAGAUACUGCAGAAAGGAUUGAGGUACAUAGCUGGAGGGGGAUCAGCUGAUCCAAUGACUUCGGUCGAACUGAAUGUUCUUGAGAAAUAUCUCGAGAUAUGGAUAUAUCAUGUUCGUUCCGCAAAGGUACGUACGUACAAUUGCAUGCAUAUAUAA